UCUUGCUUCAACGAUGCCACCCAUAUUUAAAGUUUGCUUUUAUAUCUUUCUUUUAAAACUCGAACUUGGCAUUAUUCAUGGCUCAGAAGAAAAACCGACUAAAGGCGAAACUUGUUCCGUCGGUGAUGGGCCAUCGAUAGGGCAUGAUGAGGAAAAUCCUUGCUUCAAAGACGGCCAGCUGUACUCGCCCUCAAGCUUUGCACUGACCCGGCGGGAAGGUAAAGCAUUGAACCACGUUGAAACAAUCCAAGUGGAUGGAGACAAAACCGUACAGCUCAUUACUAGGAGCUUGAAACCACCGAUAUUUGAAAUCCCAGAUUUUCUAAGCAGCGAAGAGUGCGAUCAGUUGAUAAAACUUGCAAAGAGAGAAGGUCUGGAAGAAAGCACGAUCACCAAAACAAACACAGUUACGUGGGAGAAUGUGAAUGCUACGUUAAAUGAGAAAGAAAUGCAAUUUUAUUGUAAGAGCAUCGCACGAUAUGAUUCGAACAAAGACAACAGUAUUUCUCUGAUCGAGUUUUCGAGUUACGUGUAUCGCCUACUCAGGAUUCUUGUUGAUAUAAAAGACCUAUGGACAGUCUACAAAGAAUUACUUGCAGAGGAGGCCAAAACAAUCACUUAUGACGACUGUAUGAAGACCAACCGCACGCGCUUUGUCGAGUUCGUCCACCAGCUACUAAACAUAAAACGCUUACCGUAUUACAAGACUCGAUACAGUGAACAUUCCUGGGUAGAAAUGAGCGACAAUGAUCCUAUUUUAAAACCCGUCAAGAGUAGAAUCGCUGAGGUUACCCAGAUGUCUGUAUGGCAGAUUGAUCACAGCGAGCCGUUACAGGUAUUUAUUUCAGUCUUUCUUUUCACAUUUCAUGUAUACAUUUCACAUCUACACUCGAGAGAUUAAAAUUCUAGACAUUCUAUCCUAUAUCAUACUUCCCACCCUUUCCAGCGCGCGACAUAGCCUGCGUGGCAGGCGUUCGAAAGGGAAGGGGAAGGGAAUAUUAGGGCGCGAGACCACGAGCGCCCACGCGCUCUCGCGCGCCCAAUUCACCUUUUAACGCGUGCCAAGCAGGCCACGCGCGACCCAAGAAUGACUUCGUGCGUGGGAGGUGCGUGCGAGCAAGCUCUUCCGGCCGGUUCAUUGGCCUCUCAAUCAACUCCGGAAAGACGCUCGAAAUCGCGAGAAGGGAAGACAACUUUUGACUGGCUGUUGAGACAAUGUUUCGUUCACACUCUCAAACGCAAAAGAGUUGAGCAGUCGGGAACAUCAAUCAGAACUGGAACUACAAUAGAGGAUUAGCCUACGGACGUAUGACGUAUUUCCGGUCGUCGCUUGGGCUGUCUUCUCUCCACCUUCGGCCGGAGACAAGGAAAUGAAAAAGGGAAGAGGUCCGCCUGACCAGAGAUUAGGCGAGAGAGCGCUUUCCCUCUCUUCCGCUUCCCCACCACCGGGAUCAUCUAGGAUCCCUUCUCUUUUCUAACACCAGUGUGGAUUCUUUUACGUCCCCUUUCAGUUGAUAAUACAAGAUAGAGGAGAUAUCAGCUAAGGCCGACGGCUUAACGUCACCGUCCAAUGACGUGAUCAUCUAAACCUAGACAAAAUCUUGAAUCACAGCUAGCGUCACCCACACUGAUCAUCUAAUCAGUAGCCUGCGUAGCAUGGCGGUUUUGGUUGGGCGCGCUAAGUAAUAAAGGCGGGCGAGGGCAGAGAAACCGCGAGGUCGUUCUCGCGCGCUUCGCGCGCGAAUUUCGCGACUACGCCGCUCGUGCGCCCGGCUCGACAAAACCGCCAUGCUACGCAGGCUAUCUAAUCAGCUUUUGAAAGACCUUGGUUGUUGGUCCUGCAGGGAUUUGGCGUGGCGCCGAUAGACCGACGCCCUCCCAACUGCGCCAACCGGGCGGCGGUAUGAACUGACCGUGCCGAUCUUCCCUUUCUAGUCUUUGUAAAGCUAGUGAGUAAUAAAAAAAGUCAUCAAGGCGCGCUUUGGUGGAAAAUUAGUCCAGACAUGAUAGUGGUACUUUGAUUAAAACAAAUGUGUUUUCUCUUUUACUUUUCACAGGUCGUGUAUUAUCAGAGAUCUGGACACUAUCACGCCCACUACGAUUCCUCCGUAGGUGAAAAUGUAAAGGAAAAGAGAUGCUGUCAGAGGAAUGAAGAAAAGAACACUGCAUCAUGUCUUCUGUGUAGGUAGGUCGGAAUUCUCUGUACUUUAUAGACACAUAGAUCACUCCCACAACUGCUUUUUUUGCUAUACCGUUUUGUUUUGGUUGUGGGAGUAAUUUUUUUGUGUGUACGUGUUUGUCCCGGGGGAGGUUUACUCCUUCAAAUUUGCCUUAUAGGCACCUGCGCUGCCCCAAAGGGUAUGGGUUUUUCGCCGUUUUGGUCUGAAAACGGUUGUUGACUUUGCCUAUUUUGGUCUGAAUUCGGUUUUGGUUUUCGAGAGGAUUCGGGAGUUCUUGGACAUAUUGGUCGUUUCAACUUUAAAUACGUCGCGUGUGAAUUCACGGCUCAUUACACAUACAAGAAUGCAGAGAUCAAUCUGAAAUCUACAACUCGCAACGGAUUCAACUUUUCAAUAAUAAAUUCAUUAAUGGAUUCUUGGGGGGUACGCUUGACCUGGUUUGACUGUAAGACAGAGAACUCGAUGCAGUACGUACUGCCGAUUAUAUCGGGGAUUUAGACUGUCUGCGAUGCGGGCUACUAAAUGACGACUCAAGCCAGUUUUGCAGACUUCUAAGUCAAAAAGCCUUUGCAUUUUUGUACAGUUAAGGGGGUUAUUCACUGCGUCCAUCCAUUUUGCUUAAAAUUCAACAUCAUUGUGCUCCAAAAAGGACUCAUUUCCACCCAUUUUGCUCAACAUUGUUUUGGGUAGCAGGCGGGGGUUGCUGGUUAUAACUAAGAGGGAGCUUUUGCGGAGUGACGCACGUUAAAUGGAAGUGAUGAUUUUUCACUUUAAAUAUGCCUUGACGUUUCCAAAUUUGUAUUGCUUACUGUCUUCAUUCUUAUAGAAGCGAUUUGCCCGAAAAUAUGGACAAAUCCGCUGCCCAAGAAUGCAAAAAUGCACUUCCGGUUGAAAGAAAAAACGUCGCUCAAAAUCGUCUUUGCUUAAGCUCCGUAAUAUCCCAAAACGUUUUACUUCCAUUGUAGGUACAUCACCAUGUUGUUUUAUUUGAACGACGUGGCAGAAGGAGGUGAGACAGCGUUUCCGUUGGCUGAUCGGGAAGACCAUUUAGGAGCCAACAAUUAUACAAGAGAUCUGAGUAGACAUUGCCAUAAAGCUAGUCUGGUAGUGAAACCUGUUAAGGGAACAGCUCUGCUUUGGUACAACAAUGUUCUAGACGAAAAGACUGGGAAGAUGGGAGAUGUUGAUAAGCUGACUUUACAUGGAGGAUGCGAUGUUCUUGAAGGCGAAAAAUGGAUCGCUAAUUUGUGGAUCAAUGCUCCUCGCGGAGAUGAAACUGUGUAG